GAAAUCGUCAGGGAACAAAUCUUGGGUGAUCCGCCGAAUAAAUUCACAUCGUCACAAGUUGUUGGCAUCAUAAGCCCACUAAGCGUAAGCGAGAAGUAGACCACUUUGAUAGGAAAAAAUGAGCGGCAAUAAGAUCUUGGUUACGGGCGGCGCUGGCUUCAUAGGCGGCCACCUUACAGAGGCGCUCAUCAAGCGAGGUGACAAGGUCGUUGGGCUGGACAACGUCUGCGACUACUACAAUUAAGGGUGGACUGAUGCUACAAAUUAGAAUUUUAUCACGUUAGGAUAUAUAAAGCCUACUACUACAAUUAAAGCACAUGCCGAAAAAUAACCGGUUAGUUUUCCCUCAUAUUCAUCCUAGUUUAGUCACUCUAAUCAAUAUGUAAAAGCUUUUUUUCCUCCUAUUUGGUCAUUUUUGGUUUUUUCUAGUUAGAGAGGGUGUACCACUACAAUCAAGGUGGGUGGACUCGUCGUUGAGUAUCUCCCGAUGCUGGAUUCACAUUCCCAAGCAUUGCUCACCAAGCGUGAUGUCAACAUACAUAAGAGUAUAAUUAAAUCACGAUUUUGCUCUUUAUUGUGUACUCGAUUCUCAGUUCCUGCACGUAGAAGUAGGUACUAUCCUCGAGCAAUCUUAAUGCAACGACCCAUUCUAAGAACGUGUCGCUUUCAAGAGGGAGACAUUGAAGAUUUUAGAGACCUACAAUGAGGGGAAGGAUGCCGCUGAUAAACCUUUCACCUUUUACGAGAUUAGUUUUAAUGAUGCAGAGGCGGUCGACAAGUUGUUCGCAGCGGAAGGGCCCUUUUCUUGUGUCGUGCAUUUGGGAGCACAAGCGGGCGUCAGGUAUUAGAUUAGCAUUUAUAUUAUGAAGGAGCGCCCUACUUCAACUAUUCUUACUUAUUGCGUAGCUCCUUAGGUCACCGUUUUUCUUUUUCAAAUAUAUGCAGUUCAUGCAGUACAGCUAGCGACUUUACUAAGAAUUGCUGUAUCGAGGAACCUGGAGAAUGAAAACGCCACAGGUAUUCUGUGGAACAUCCGGCCGAAGUUGUGAGAAUCAAUGUAGAGGGGCAACAGGUGAUACUAGAUGCAGUGAAGAAGUUUAAGGUGCCAUACGCAGUGUGCGCCAGUAGUUCUUCCGUAUAUUUAUGGACGAAGGUGUUUCUUACAUCAUUAACGAGUCCAACGUUUCUUUCAUGUCUUGAUGAAGUACUUCUAGAGUGAACAAAAUGAUGGUAGUCAUUGGACCGCUUCAGGGACUGUUUCAUCUCGAUAGUGAUUGAGGAUAGUCACAUGACAGUCUUGGAUGAAAGAAACACCACAAAAAUUUAUCUCCUUUCAUAGUGAGGCGCGAGUUCCGUAGCUCCCUUCUCGGAGGAUCAAAAGUGCGACCUCCCAGUGAGUCCCUAUGCCGCAACCAAGCGAAGCUGUGAGUUACUGGCACACGCCUUCUGCCACCUUACAGGGAUUCCCGUCACAAUGCUGCGCUUUUUCACCGUCUAUGGCCCACGAGGCCGCCCAGACAUGGCGGCCUUCAAGUUCAUCGACAAGAUAGGAAAAGUACAACUUCUCAACAUAGUUGUAGUGCUCAUGUCAUCCAUUUUUUUGAGAAGAUCAAUAAGCAAGUCUAGUUGGUGUCGGUCAUUCCGUCGUUCGAUCUCGUCCAUCGAUGAUGCUAGUAAGAAAACGGUCGUAGGCUAUUCUCCUCGACGUCGUAUGUUUCUUUUCCAACUAUCGGCGUCAUCAGGUGCAUGAAAAAAUCUUCGUUGCACUUCUAUAUAAUGAUUGUUUCCAUGUUGUCCAUGAUCUCAUAGGGCCAACCAAUCGAUAAGUACGGGGACGGCAGUGCGAUCCGCGAGUUCACUUAUGUGGAUGACAUUGUGAACGGAGUGGUUCUCGCAAUAGAUAAAGUGCCUACGGCAAACAAGGGCUAUCGGCUGAUGAACCUCGGUGGAGGCACCACGCAUACACUCAACGAGUUUAUUGCGACCAUCGAGAAGCACGUCGGCAAAGAGGCCAUCAUCAAUCAAAUGCCGGAUCAGCCUGGGGAUGUGCCUAUUACUAGUGCGUGUCAAAAACAUGCAUUUGCGGAAGUGGGGUUCAAACCGGAUAUAUCUCUCGAUGAGGGGAUUCGACGCACAGUAGCGUGGUACAAGGACUGCCCAUAUGUUUGACCUGAAAAGCAUACCCUUGCUCCUACUUGAGCCUCAUGACCAUCCCACAAGAUGAUUUCUCUCGGACAAUAAUUUUUUUAGAUUUCGUAACUAUUCUUGAAUAGUAUUUGUUCAAACAUGCACCUCAUCCUCACCCCAAACCCAAUAAGAACAGUGCAGGUUAGUGUUACUGGGUGUUAUUGGCUGCAAGGUCGGACGGAGAUGCUCUUGUUGACCUACAUCUACUUCAAGAACAAUAGGUUUAGUAGUUUCCGUUGAUUGUAUUUUACCGUGAACUUUAGCAUCGUCGAGAAUAAGCUUCUCAAGUGACGAGAGCUGGACUACAUAAGCCCUGGUAUAUCCAGAGUUGGCGCCGCAGAGCUACAUAGUCGACGCCAGGAGUACUACUACCUACUUCGAAGAAUCAUAUUUAAUACAGUAUACCGAAAUUUUGAUUUCUAAACUUUAUUUGCUUUUCAUCUAAAAUGUGUUGGCUAUGAGUAGUCUAUUUGGGAAGCAACUAUACUUAGUCUUCCUUGUCGGACAGCCAAGUCCCAUCGAAGAGGAAGCGUCAAGGCGACGAUGAGUUUCUUGUGAUGAUCAAGCUUCACGCUCAGUGCAGGUGGAUUCUCGAGUUAUGCUGUCAAAACAAGGCCGAAUCGAUUUCUGCAUCGAUGAUCUCCUGAGUUGGUGCUCUAGAUAACCAAGCGCAACAUCGGUGAAAUCUCAUGAUUCCUCGCGCGCACUUACAUCCGAGAGUAAAGAGCAGGAACCCAAUAUGAUAUUUCUUGAGUUGUUUCUUUUUGGCUUUUGAAGACAGACAUAAUACACAGGAUUAGGAAAAACAUUAGUACGUCCCUAAUUCACUUAUCAUCUCCGAAUAUAGACGAACCAA